GGAAGCUGCCGCACAGCUGGAGCCGGCGCAGUCUGCGCGGCGCUGUCGCCCUCGCGCUCCCGCUGCCCGGCCGGCGGCCGGCGGACUUUGCGGAGGGCCCCCGGCGUAGGCGGCGACGGGUGUGGGCCGAGCCGGUAUUUAUAGCUCGGUGACAGCUGCGGUGGCAGCGACGCCGCCGGCCCGUCUCGCCGCGCUUGCCAGCGAGGCCGCGGGCGCGGCGGAGGGCUGCGCUCCACCGGGUCUCCCGAGUGCGGACGCCCUGAGCCCGCGCGGCCCCCUUGGUAAACUACGGAAUUGAAGUUUUGAAGGAUGGAUAAAGACUUCCGUUAUUAUUUCCAGCAUCCCUGGUCUCGGUUGAUUGUGGCUUACUUGGUGAUCUUCUUUAACUUCUUAAUAUUUGCGGAGGACCCGGUUUCUCAUAGCCAAACAGAAGCCAACGUUAUUGUUGUUGGAAACUGUUUUUCAUUUGUAACAAAUAAAUACCCUAGAGAAGUUGGCUGGAGGCUUUUGAAGGUGCUUCUAUGGCUACUUGCCAUUCUCAUAGGACUGAUAGCUGGCAAGUUUCUGUUCCAUCAGCGUUUGUUUGGUCAGUUGCUUCGGUUAAAAAUGUUUCGAGAGGAUCAUGGAUCGUGGAUGACAAUGUUCUUCAGCACAAUUCUCUUUCUCUUCAUAUUUUCUCACGUAUACAACACGGUUCUUCUAAUGGAUGGGAACAUGGGAGCAUAUAUCAUUACAGACUAUAUGGGCAUCCGAAAUGAAAGUUUCAUGAAAUUAGCUGCAGUAGGGACCUGGAUGGGGGACUUUGUCACAGCUUGGAUGGUCACUGAUAUGAUGCUUCAGGACAAGCCCUAUCCUGAUUGGGGAAAAUCUGCAAGAGCUUUCUGGAAGAAAGGAAAUGUUAGGAUUAUUUUAUUCUGGACGGUUCUUUUCACUCUGACAUCUGUGGUUGUACUUGUCAUUACAACUGACUGGAUCAGCUGGGACAAGCUGAAUCGGGGAUUUUUGCCCAGUGAUGAAGUUUCCAGAGCCUUCCUGGCUUCUUUCAUCUUGGUCUUUGACCUCCUUAUUGUAAUGCAGCCCCAUCCUGCUUUUGCAAUUCAAGAUGGGCUUCUGGACAAGAUUCAGGGGAAGGACAAGGUUGUAGAGGCCAAGGACUGGGAAUUCCCACAUUUCAUGGGAGACGUCGAUGUAAAUCUUCCCGGUUUGCACACGCCUCACAUGCAGUUCAAGAUUCCUUUCUUCCAGAAGAUCUUCAAGGAGGAAUAUCGUAUUCACAUAACAGGUAAAUGGUUUAACUAUGGGAUUAUCUUUCUCGUCUUGAUUUUGGAUCUUAAUAUGUGGAAGAAUCAGAUAUUUUAUAAGCCUCAUGAAUAUGGACAGUAUAUUGGCCCAGGGCAGAAGAUAUAUACAGUGAAAGACUCAGAGAGUCUAAAGGAUUUGAACAGAACCAAGCUAUCCUGGGAAUGGAGGUCCAAUCACACCAACCCUCAGACUAAUAAAACCUAUGUUGAGGGAGACAUGUUCUUACACAGCAGGUUCAUAGGGGCAAGACUUGAUGUCAAGUGUCUGGCUUUUGUGCCAAGUCUGAUAGCUUUUGUGUGGUUUGGAUUCUUCAUUUGGUUCUUUGGACGGUUUUUGAAAAAUGAACAAGGCAUGGAGAAUCCAGACAAAGCUUACACACGCAUGAAAAGAAAAUCCCCAUCAGAACAAAGCAAGGACAUGGGAAUCACGCGAGAAAACACCCAGGCCUCAGUGGAAGACCCGUUGAAUGACCCCCCCUUGGUGUGCAUCAGGUCUGACUUCAAUGAGAUCGUCUACAAGUCUUCCCACCUAACGUCGGACAACUUGAGCUCGCACUUGAAUGAAUCGACCAGCACCACAGGGGGCGACACAGAUCCAACGACUUCUAAAAGUACACCGACGAAUUAGAACCGCUUAUUGGGGGAUAGCACAAAGAGCAACCCUGGGUGUAACUUUCAAAAGUUAGUCUUUCCUUUUGUAAAUGUUAAGGUUUAUGUAGCGUUAAGUAAAGAAUUACAAACAAUGCCACAACGGUGCUCAACAUGCUUUUUCUAGGACUCAUUGUUUUCUAUUUGUAUACCUGUGCCUACAGUAUAUCUAACAGUCCUCUAGAGAUUGCUUUUUCACAGUUGCACAAGCUACUUACUGACUUUACAGCCUAGUAGAUUAGCUGGUUACCCAUGUAUCUGAUGUUCAACCAUUGUGGUGCCUUGAGACAUUAAACUUUUUAACUGUACCAGAAA